AUGUCUUCUUCCAGCACCCUCCCAGUUUACCACUACCUGGACAUUGGCCGACUCGGCCGUGGAGAGGUUCUCUUUCUGUUCCUCAAAGAUGCUGGCAUUGAGGUCAAGGAUGUCCGUUACGCCUGGGACGAUACUUGGCCAAAGACUAGCGAGAAGCUCGUUCAGCAAGGCUUGACCAGGACCGGAAAGCUUCCAGUGCUCGAAUACAAUGGGCUGAAGCUGAGCCAGCACGUCCCUAUUCUCCGUUACCUCGCCAGGGAGCUUGGUAGCUACGACGGAGUGACCUCUGUUGAGAAGUUCACUGUUGAUUCUGUCGCCGACUUGUACGUUGACUGGAGAUAUGAGUGGGUUGCUUGCCUCCCAAAGCCAUCCGACGACUACAAGGCCAGCCGCCCCAAGUACGUCGAUCUCAUCGCACAGUACUAUGCCGAUACUGAAGGCCCGUACCUGCUCGGAGACAAAAUUACCUAUGUCGACUUUGCUAUUUAUCAGUCCAUUGACAACGACAAGCGCGUUGGAGCUGCCGUAAGUGACCAAUUGUCCGAUCAGCGGCUGGCAAUUCAUAUGCUAAUCUGCGAGAACCAGGCGAAACUUCCCAAGUCUCUUCUCAACUUGGUGGAGGCUAUCGAAGCCAGGCCCAACAUUGCCGCCUACCUUAAGGAGAAUAAGGCGGCUUGA